ACCUGGGGUUGGGCAGCGCCCAGUUCCGUGCAACUUUCAAGCUCUCCGCACCGAGGAGUUAGUGAGCGGCAGGCUCCGCCUCCACAAAGGGGCAACCCUAGUGCCCCUGUGGUUCCUGCACCUCCACCGUGGCGUACGCGUUCCUCUCUCUGGUCGUCUUCCUGGAGGGAUCGCCCUUCCUUCCCAAGGCUGCAGAAUGGUGUCGUGGAUGAUCUGUCGCCUGGUGGUGCUGGUGUUUGGGAUGCUGUACCCAGCUUAUGCUUCCUACAAGGCUGUGAAGACCAAGAACAUUCGUGAAUAUGUCCGAUGGAUGAUGUACUGGAUCGUCUUUGCGCUCUUCAUGGCGGUGGAGACCUUCACGGACAUCUUUAUUUCCUGGUUCCCUUUCUACUACGAGAUCAAGAUGGCGUUUGUGCUGUGGCUGCUUUCGCCCUACACCAGGGGGGCCAGCAUGCUUUACCGAAAGUUUGUCCACCCAUCCUUAUCUCGCCAUGAGAAGGAAAUCGACACCUACAUUGUGCAAGCCAAGGAGCGCAGCUACGAGACGGUGCUCAGCUUUGGGAAGCGGGGCCUCAACAUUGCCGCCUCUGCUGCUGUGCAGGCUGCUACCAAGAGUCAGGGUGCACUGGCCGGGAGGCUGCGGAGCUUCUCCAUGCAGGACCUGCGCACGAUCCCUGAUGGCCCCGCCCCCACCUACCAGGAUCCCCUCUACCUGGAGGACCAGGUACCCCGCCACAGGCCACCUAUCGGGUACCGGGCAGGGGGCCUGCGAGACAGUGACACCGAUAAUGAGUGUUGGUCCGACACAGAAGUGGUCCCCCAGCCACCAGCCCGGCCCCGAGAGAAGCCGCUGGGCCGCAGCCAGAGUCUGCGUGUGAUCAAGAGGAAGCCUCUGGCCCGGGAGGGCACCUCGCGCUCCCUGAAGGUUCGGACGAGGAAAAAGACCGCACCCUCAGACAUGGACAGCUAGGGUCUGCAGAGCCAGGCCGGGUCUUACCUCUUGCCCUUCGGGGUGCUGGGGCCCUUCCGAGGGACCUCUGGCCAUACCAGCAGCCCUCCUGGCCCUCCUGGCUC